GAGCAUGGCGUGGAGACAUCUGAAAAAGAGGGCCCAGGACGCCAUGGUCAUCCUGGGGGGCGGAGGACUUCUCUUUGCCUCUUAUCUGACAUUCAAAGGGGAUGAGCAUUUCUACGCGGAACACUUGAUGCCGGCCUUGCAGGGGCUGCUGGAUCCUGAGUCAGCUCAUAGGCUGGCUGUUCGCUUCACCUCCCUGGGACUUCUUCCUCGUGCCACGUUUCAAGACUCAGACAUGCUGGAAGUGAAAGUCUUGGGCCGUAAAUUCCGGAACCCAGUGGGAAUUGCUGCAGGAUUUGACAAGCAUGGGGAAGCUGUGGAUGGACUUUUUAAGAUGGGCUUUGGCUUUGUUGAGAUAGGAAGCGUUACCCCAGAUCCUCAGGAAGGAAACCCCAGGCCCAGAGUCUUCCGCCUCCCCAAGGACCAAGCCAUCAUCAACAGAUACGGAUUUAACAGCCACGGAGUCUCAGUGGUGGAGCACAGGUUACGGGCCAGACAGCACAAGCAGACCAAGCUCACAGAAGAUGGCCGGCUCCUGGGAAUAAACCUGGGGAAGAAUAAGACCUCAGCAGACGCUGCUGCAGAUUAUGCAGAGGGCGUGCGAGUCCUGGGCCCCUUGGCUGACUACCUGGUAGUGAACGUGUCCAGUCCCAACACUGCAGGGCUGCGGAGCCUUCAGGGAAAGGUGGAGCUGCGCCACCUGCUGACCAAGGUGCUGCAAGAGAGGGAUGCCUUGAAGGGAGCCCACAAGCCAGCUGUGCUGGUGAAGAUCGCCCCUGACCUCACGGCCCAGGACAAGGCGGACAUCGCCAACGUGGUGAGAGAGCUGGGCAUCGAUGGAUUGAUUGUCACGAAUACCACCGUGAGUCGCCCCGCUAACCUGCAGUGUGCCCUGUGUUCUGAAACAGGAGGACUGAGCGGGCAGCCCCUCCGAGAUUUGUCCACGCAGACCAUUCGGGAGAUGUAUGCGCUCACCCAAGGCAGAGUUCCCAUCGUCGGGGUUGGCGGUGUCAGCAGUGGGCAGGAUGCACUGGAGAAGAUCCGGGCGGGGGCAUCCCUGGUGCAGCUGUAUACAGCUCUCACCUACCAUGGCCCACCUGUGGUGGGUAGGGUCAAAAGGGAGCUGGAGGCCCUUUUGAGGGAGCAGGGUUUUUGCAGCAUCACAGAGGCUAUUGGAGCAGAUCAUCGGAGGUGAGGACGCCGGCUGGUGCGAAGCUGUUGGUAACCUUCCCACUAAACUAGAUGAACCCCGUGGCUGGAUGGUUAGAGAAAGGCCUGCCUUGAGCCAGGUGCCCCAAACCACGUAAGCGCUUCCUCAGUGACUUGACCAGACUGUAAAAGAUAAUCACUUGAGUCACCAGAGUCAACAGAAAUCAUCUUUCAAUCAGCCUAUAAAGUACUGUUGUAAUUCUUUCUAUAUUUGAAUACCAAGAUCCUUCAAUAUAUUGCAAGGAUAUUGGGUAUUUUCCAAUCAUGGAAAAAAAUAAAGCCAUUGAAAGCCUGA